CGGGAGGGCCCAGGGCCGGGCCGAGCUGCAAGUGCGCGCUGUGGGUCCGGAAGAGUGUGUGGUCCCCUUCCUGACCCAGCCGAAGCUCCCUGUCUUGCAACUGGACAGUGGCAACUACCUCUUUUCCACUAGUGCGAUCUGCAGAUACUUCUUUCUGUUAUCUGGCUGGGAAGCAGAUGACCUCACCAACCAGUGGCUGGAAUGGGAGGCAACAGAGCUGCAGCCAGCUUUGUCUGCUGCCCUGUACUAUUUAGUGGUCCAAGGCAAGAAGGGUGAAGAUGUUCUCGGCCCACUUGGGAGAGCUCUGACUCACAUUGACCACAGUUUGAGUCGCCAGAAUUGUCCUUUCCUUGCUGGGGAGACGGAAUCUCUAGCUGACAUUGUUUUGUGGGGAGCGCUAUACCCAUUACUGCAAGACCCAGCCUACCUCCCUGAGGAACUGGGUGCCCUGCGCAGCUGGUUCCAGACCCUGAGUGCCCAGGAGCCAUGUCAGCGAGCUGCGGAAACUGUGCUGAAACAGCAGGGUGUCCUGGCUCUCCGGCCCUACCUCCAAAAGCAGCCCCAGCCCAGCCCACCCGAGUCGAGGGCUGUCAGCAAUGAGCCUGAGGAAGAGGAACUGGCUACCCUAUCUGAAGAGGAGAUUGCUGCGGCUGUGACUGCCUGGGAGAAGGGCCUAGAAAAUUUGCCCCCACUUCGGCCCCAACAGAAUCCAGUGCUGCCGGUGGCUGGGGACAGGAACGUGCUCAUCACCAGCGCCCUUCCUUACGUCAACAACGUCCCCCACCUGGGAAACAUCAUCGGCUGUGUCCUCAGUGCUGAUGUCUUUGCCAGGUACUCCCGCCUCCGCCAGUGGAACACCCUCUAUCUGUGCGGGACCGAUGAAUAUGGUACCGCGACAGAGACCAAGGCUAUGGAGGAAGGAUUGACCCCCCAGGAAAUCUGUGACAAGUAUCAUGUCAUCCACGCCGACAUCUACCGCUGGUUUAAUAUCUCGUUUGAUACUUUUGGUCGCACCACCACUGCUCAGCAGACCAAAAUCACCCAGGACAUCUUCCAGCGGUUGUUGGCACGAGGCUUUAUACUGCAAGAUACUGUGGAGCAGCUGCGGUGUGAGCGCUGUGCCCGCUUCCUGGCGGACCGCUUUGUGGAAGGGGUGUGUCCCUUCUGUGGCUAUGAAGAGGCCCGGGGUGAUCAGUGUGACAAGUGUGGCAAACUCAUCAAUGCCAUUGAGCUCAAGAAACCUCAGUGUAAAGUCUGUCGGUCAUGCCCUGUGGUGAGGUCCUCUCAGCACCUGUUUUUGGACCUGCCUAAGCUGGAAAAGCGACUGGAGGAGUGGUUGGGAAAGACGUUACCUGGCAGUAACUGGACACCCAAUGCCCGGUUUAUCAUCCGGUCUUGGCUUCGGGAUGGGCUCAAGCCUCGCUGCAUCACCCGUGACCUCAAGUGGGGAACCCCUGUGCCCUUAGAAGGUUUUGAAGACAAGGUAUUCUAUGUCUGGUUCGAUGCCACUAUUGGCUACCUGUCCAUCACGGCCAACUACACAGACCAAUGGGAGAGAUGGUGGAAGAACCCAGAGCAAGUGGACCUUUACCAGUUCAUGGCCAAAGACAACGUUCCCUUUCAUGGCUUGGUCUUUCCUUGUUCAGCCCUUGGAGCUGAGGACAACUACACCUUGGUCAAGUAUCUCAUUGCUACAGAGUACCUGAACUAUGAGGAUGGGAAGUUCUCUAAGAGUCGGGGAGUGGGGGUGUUUGGAGACAUGGCCCAGGACACAGAGAUCCCUGCUGACAUCUGGCGCUUCUAUCUGCUGUACAUUCGGCCUGAGGGCCAGGACAGUGCCUUCUCCUGGACAGACAUGCUGCUCAAGAAUAAUUCCGAGCUGCUCAACAACCUGGGCAACUUCAUCAACAGAGCUGGGAUGUUUGUGUCUAAGUUUUUUGGGGGCUGUGUGCCUGAGAUGGUGCUUAACCCUGAUGAUCAACGUCUGCUGGCCCAUAUCACCUUGGAGCUCCGGCACUACCACCAGCUGCUGGAGAAGGUUCGGAUCCGGGAUGCCUUGCGCAGUAUCCUCACAGUAUCUCGACAUGGCAACCAGUACAUUCAGGUCAAUGAGCCCUGGAAGCGGAUAAAAGGCAGCGAGGCUGACAGGCAGCGGGCGGGCACCGUGACAGGCAUGGCAGUGAACAUAGCUGCCUUGCUGUCCGUCAUGCUCCAGCCUUACAUGCCCACAGUGAGCGCCACCAUCCAGGCCCAGUUGCAGCUUCCACGACCUGCCUGCAGUGUUCUUCCCACAGACUUCCUGUGCACCUUACCAGCGGGGCACCAGAUUGGCACAGUCAGUCCCUUGUUCCAAAAACUGGAGAAUGACCAGAUUGAAAGUCUGAAGCAGCGUUUUGGAGGCCAGGCAAAGGUGUCCCCCAACCCGGCAGUUGUAGAGACUGUUACAACAGCUGGGCAACAGCAGAUUCAAACGCUGACGGAUGAAGUCGCAAAACAGGGCAACGUUGUGCGAGAACUGAAAGCACAGAAGGCGGACAAGAACCAGGUUGCUGCGGAGGUGGCUAAACUCCUGGAUCUAAAAAAGCAGUUGGCGCUAGCUGAGGGGAGACCCCUUGAAACUCCCAAAGGCAAGAAGACAAAGUGAGAGGAUUUGGUUCAUAGUCACAAGUCACUUUAAUGAUGUGGACAGUAAUAAAUAAAUGUACAACCUCUA